UCGCAGCUUUGCUAUAAAAGCCUGAGCUGCCUCCCCAAACUCUGCUGACCUGCAGACCCCCCCUCCACAUGUCUAACAUGAAGCCUCUGCUCCUGCUGGCGCUGCUCGGGUGCCUCGCCUCGGCGUUGGCGGCCCCCGCUGAGAAGGUGAAGUGGUGCGUCACGUCCGACCAAGAGUUACAGAAAUGUCUGCAUCUUGCCACCGCAGCCCCCGCGUUCACCUGCGUGAAGAAAGAUAGCACCAUCGACUGCAUCAUUGCAAUCAAGGCUGGUGAAGCAGACGCCAUCACUUUGGACGGUGGAGACGUCUACACAGCUGGACUCAAAAACUACGACCUGCAGCCCAUUAUUGCUGAGGACUACGGCACCACUUCGGAAACCUGUUACUAUGCUGUUGCCGUGGUGAAGAAGGGCACUGGAUUUGGCAUCAAAGAGCUCCAGGGGAAGAAAUCCUGCCACACUGGUUUGGGCAAGUCCGCAGGUUGGAACAUUCCCAUUGGCACUCUGGUGUCCAUGGGUUUACUGCAAUGGCAGGGCAUUGAGGACAAACCAGUGGAGGAGGCGGUGAGCACCUUCUUCUCGGCCAGCUGCGCCCCGGGGGCAGCAAGAGGCUCCAAACUGUGUGAACUGUGCAAGGGAGACUGCUCCAGGUCCCACCAGGAGCCUUACUAUGGCUACGGCGGUGCCUUCCAGUGUCUGGCUGAUGGUGUUGGAGACGUGGCUUUUGUGAAGCACCUCACUGUACCUGAUUCUGACAAGGCAAGCUACGAGCUGCUGUGCAAGGAUGGCACAAGAGCGCCCAUCGACAGCUAUCGCACCUGCCACCUGGCCAAAGUACCAGCUCAUGCUGUUGUCACCCGCAAGGAUCAACAGCUGGCCGAGUUGAUCUGGACAAGCCUCAGCUCAGUACAGGGCUUUAGCCUCUUCUCAUCUGAUGCCUAUGCACCUGCCAAGAACCUGAUGUUCAAGGACUCAACUGUGAGGCUGGUGCAGCUGCCCCCAGGCACAGACUCCUUCCUGUAUUUGGGUGCCACUUACAUGAGCAUCGUCCGUUCCCUUAAGAAAGAGCAGGCCGUAGGUGCUGCAUCAUCUGCCGUUAGAUGGUGCGCUGUGGGUCACGCUGAAACAGCAAAGUGUGACACAUGGAGCAUCAACAGCGUGGGGGAUGAUGGGAGCGCUGCCAUUGAAUGCCAGAAUGGCGCCUCAGUUGAGGACUGUAUGAGCAAGAUUAUGCGCACAGAGGCUGAUGCAAUGGCAGUGGAUGGAGGACAGGUGUAUACAGCUGGAAAGUGCGGUCUGGUUCCUACUAUGGUGGAGCAGUAUGAUGAAGCUCAAUGCACCUCAAGCUCCGGUGCAGCCUCCUCUUACUACGCCGUUGCUGUGGUAAAGAAGGGCUCUGGCUUGACCUGGGACACCCUGCAGGGCAAGAGGUCUUGCCACACAGGCAUCGGCAGAACAGCUGGCUGGAACAUCCCCAUGGGUCUCAUCUACGAAAAGACUAAAGACUGUGACUUCUCUAAGUAUUUCACUAGCGGUUGCGCCCCGGGAGCCGAUCCUGCCUCUUCAUUCUGUAAACAGUGUGCCGGCAGUGGCAGAGCUGUGGGAGAUGAGUCCAAGUGCAAAGCCAGUGCUGACGAGCAGUACUACGGCUAUGCUGGAGCCUUUAGAUGUCUUGUUGAAGGUGCCGGAGAUGUCGCCUUCAUCAAACACACAAUUGUUCCAGAAAACAGCGAUGGUCAAGGUCCAGCAUGGGCUCAAAGUGUGAGCUCUGCUGACUAUGAGCUGAUCUGCCCUGGGAAGGGUCCAGUUCCAAUCACUGAUUACGCCACUUGCCACCUGGCUCUCGUGCCGGCACACGCUGUGGUGACACGUCCAGAAAAGCACACUGAUGUUGUCCGCAUUCUUCAGGAGCAGCAGACCAAGUUUGGCAAAGAAGGCUCCGACUCCACAUUCAGGAUGUUCCAGUCCGAUGCAGGAAAAAACCUCCUCUUCAAGGACUCCACCAAGUGUCUCCAGGAAGUUCAAGUUGGAACAACGACUGAACAGUUCUUGGGAGGGACGUACAUUCAAGCCAUUAGCGGGCUGAGGGAGUGCAGUGAUACCGCUUCAGCUCUGGAGAAAUCUUGCAGUUUCCAUUCCUGUCAGAAAACAGACUAGUGGGGCCCGUGGAGCACGUGGAGCCUAAGUUGGCCCUCAGUGGGUCAAGCACCUUACCCACUCUUCCCACACUCGAUACACAAAUUGCAUUGUGUGUUUUCUUCCUAAUCAUUUUAUAGACUUGUUCUAGGAGUACAACCAACAAACCGAUCUAUUGCACUACCACAGCCUACAAAUCAACCAUUUAUUAGACCAAUCAUGUGCUCAUGAGUGUUUCACCUUUUGCGUCAACUACUGUAUGUUUUGUUUAACACUCACUUUUCUCAAAUAAAGUCUUUUUAAUGCUC